GAGAAAUUGUGACACAGAAGGAUGGGGAGUGCACGGGACACUGCUCAUGGGGAGGCUGCAGCAGACAAGGAUGCACGGACAGAUAUUGAUGCAUUUUUUUUUUCCUAUCUUUUUUAACUGAGAGCAAAAUGCACCCAGCUAAAGGAACUGCGAGAGAUUAAAGUCAGCAGUAUUCUGUGAGGAUAUUAAAUUCAACGUUUUUUAAGUAAUAAUCGGAAAUAUUCACUGGGGCUGAGGGAGGCUUUUGAGCUGCUAAGCCUGGGGUCAGCCUGUCAGCCUUGUAGGCGUUUGGUUUGCAAAGAGAAUUAACCCUGAACUAAAAGGAAAAAUAGAUGAACUCCCAGAUCUUUCUAGGAAUUUAUUUCUCACAAAACACGUCUUUCCCUUAUCUGUGAGCAGUUGCUGCAUUUACAGUAUCUCCGACUGCUGGUUGAGCUCUCUCUGUUUAAGAAGCCGACAUGAGUGCUUGUCUCUUGGUCCAUCUCACCCCAAGGGCUCAAAUGGAACAUUAAUUCCAGCUGGAUGUGACAAACAGAUGUCACCCGGGAUCCCAUCACUGCUGGCAAACACACAGCAGUGGAAGAGGCCUGAAUGUGAGGAGUCCAUGGGCUGGUGCUGGCGUUAUCGCAGCCACCGGGCUGUGCUGAGCCGAUAGCAGCUGGCAGGCCUCAGCGGGGCGGCGGGCUGCUUGUUUCUGUGUUAAAACCGGGUAACACCGGGGACAAAAUGCCUUUCAAUCCAAAGUGCUGAGAAACUGUGUUCUAGAGUUGGGAAUUGAGGUCAGCGCCCGCUCUGUUGUGAGCUGCGGGUCCGACGGGAAAUAAACAGGAGGUGCCGUGCGUGCUGCCGCCACACGGCGAGAUUUAAAGAACCUGCAGGGGGCUUUGGCAAUGAAAAGUUUGUUUCUGUUCCAAAACACCGGUUCUACAGCGUAACCUCUGUUCAUGAGCGUCAGCUGUGAGAUAUUGCUUUCAGCGUGGAGUAAAACCGACAGAAAGCUGUGUCACAGGAUUAACAACGCAUCAGAUCCCCAAAACAAGCUAUUUUACUCCUUUCCUUACGCUCUUAUCACACCUAGAGCUCAGGAAAGAGGCAAAUGAGAUCCGGAAAGCGCGGUUGCCGAGGGUGCGGCCUCCCCCCGCUCAGGCAGCGCCGCUCCCGGCCGCCAUUUCUGCUCCACCCCCGCACACGCACGCAGCCGCCCGCUGCCAGGGCACGGCCGCCAUCUUGUGGCCAAUGGCAGCUGCCCGCAUUGCCCUGCCGGCACCUGGCAACGGGGCGGGCACGGAGGAGCCGUUGGUGACCGGGAGCUUUCCGUGUGUGUUUGCGUGUCUUCAGAGACUCACGGGCACGGAGGCCAAAACCCAGGGAGAACCGUGUCUCAGGAAACCAUCCCACGUUACUUACACUAUUCGGAGAUAAACGUUGUCAUCAACUGCUGUCGUUGUAGGGCUAAGAAGUUCUAAUGCAGAAAGAUGGAGAGGCUCAUGCCAGAACCUCAGAUUUUUGUGGAAAAAACACUGGCUCUCAUCAAACCUGAUGUUGUAGAUAAGGAGGAAGAGAUAGAGGAUCUCAUCCUCAGAUCCGGAUUCCUGAUUGUUCAGAAACGGAAGCUCCAGCUGAGCCCAGAGCAAUGUAGCAUCUUUUAUGCAGACCAGUAUGGAAAAAUGUUUUUUCCUAAUUUAGCAGCCUAUAUGAGCUCUGGACCUUCACUUGCUAUGGUUCUUGCCAGACAUCGGGCAGUCUCAUAUUGGAAGGAAUUGCUUGGACCAUCAAACAGCAUAAAAGCCAGGCUGACUCACCCUCACAGUUUAAGAGCAAUCUAUGGGACUGAUGAUCUGAGGAAUGGACUUCAUGGCAGUUUCAGCAUUCCCUUGGCAGAAAGAGAAAUUCGAUUCAUGUUUCCAGAAGCGAUCUCAGAGCCAAUUCCAGCUGGACAAAGAGUUAGAGAUUACUUGAAUCUUCAUGUAUAUCCUACAUUACUAGCUGGACUCACUGCACUUUGUAAAGAGAAGCCAGCAGAUCCAAUGAUAUGGCUCGCUGACUGGCUGAUCGAACACAACCCUAACAAACCCAGGUUACGACAUCACGUCACUGCAGAAGAACACCAGGAGUAAGAUCUCAGUGGAAAUCUGCUCAAGCGUUCCAAGUUAGAGAUGGAUAUCAUCAUUUUCAUUGUAUCCCUUGGCAAAUAAUAUUAUUUGAAGUAAAUGUUAUUCUCAUAACUAUUCUCAUGUCUUUAUGGAAUCCGUGCUCUUUAACAGGAUUUAACAGCAGUAGUAACUUUUCUAUUGAAUUAGAGAGUGUAGACUUACGUGAUAAAUGCACUGUGUCAGGUGAUUAGAAAAGGAUGAAAUGAUCUUCAGGUGUUACCUGGACAACUGUUUUCUCUAUCUUGGUUUGGCUGUCUGGGGAAAAUGAAAUCAUUGAGACAAUCUCAGAUUGUAUUGCUGUUUACAUUUGAAAUUCACUGUGUUUUAUUUGACAGUUUCAAGGGGAUGGGCAAGGGGCUAUGCUGUUCAACAGGCAAUGGUUAAUCCUGUACUCUAUGUCUAAAGUAAUUGGAUUGGGCUGGGGGAGGGUAGGAGACUUCUUUGUAUUUGUUUCCUUAACUUCAAACUUUUUAUCUUGUGGUUUUCCUGGGUUGCGUGGAGAAAACAUUGGUCUCACAGCUCUGAAACUUGAGUAGACUUGACUCAUACUAAAACAAACUCAUAGCUUGUUUUACAACAAACCUUACUUCUCAAACUUGAGUAAUUAGCAGCAACUUAGGUCACUUGUCUGUAACAUUAAACUUCUAGGCUAAUUGUGUAUCUUCUAAGAGAAUUAAUCCAUACUUGCCACUUCAGGUAGCCAAUCUCUACAAAAACAAAACAAAAAACCACAACAGCUGAACACUCAGAUAUAAAUUAAAAAUAACAAGGUCAUUAGAAACACAGCACAGAUCUCUCUAUAACUAAUUUCUUUUCCCUGUAAUUAUUGUUCCCUACAAGUGUUUGAUUGCUGCAAUUAUAGGUCAGUUGUGCUUUGUGGUUUCCUGUUAGCCAGACCAAAGCAUUUCUAGUUUGAAUAUGCCAGAAGCAAAAAACCAAUGUAUUCACAAUGCAUGCUCCUUCAUUUUUGUUAGUUACUGUGGUGUUUGCUUGCUUACUUAGAUGUGUUAUAGUUUGACAAUAAACAUAUCACUGAUGUUACUGUUGGA